AUGCAACAACUUAAAUCCCGCUUUUCGCAAGCGGUUGCCCUGCCCGCGUCUGAAACGGAGCAGAUUGCCGUCUAUCUAUCCGGGCGCGGCGUGGCAACAGCGUUUGGCAGUAUUAAUGGCCAGAUGUCGGUUGCCCUGCGCGCAGAUCCGAUUAACCAGUUGAGUGACAUCCACACAAUGCUUGCACAGCAGAUAGCAUCGCUGGAAUUGCAGCUCAGUCCUGCCCGCAAGCGGGUCAAUCUUGUGUUGGCACCGGAGCUGUACAACGUUUCAUUGAUCGAUCGACCCGAGGUGGACGAUGCCGAGCUGAAAGACGCCGUUCGUUGGGCCAUUCAGGAGCAGGUCGACUAUCCGGUUGAAACCGCAACGCUGGAUGUUUUUGAGCUGCCACGAAGCGCGUCCCGCGAACGGCCCAUGGUUUUUGUGGUGUCGUUGAAGACUGAAUUGUUAAAGACUUUGCGAUCCCAGGUGCAGGCUGCUGGUUUGCAACUGGCCAGCAUCGAUGCCUCAGAGCUGUGUUUGAGAAACCUUGCCUGGCAAUGCUUCCCCCAUGCGGAUCAGAGCAUUGCGAUGUUGCGCCUCACCAGUAACAGCGGCCUGGUGAAUAUCUCUCGCGGCGACGAACUGUAUCUGGCGAGGCGGGUUUCCGGCCUGCCGGAUGAAUUUUCUGAACCAAAGUGGGCAGAUUUUCGCGAACGUAUGGUGUUACAGGUCCAACGUUCAAUUGACUAUUACGAAAGCGCCAUGAAUCAGCCCCACUGCAACAUGCUGGUGGUCGCCUGUACCCACGACUGGUCGGAGCGGGUCACCGAGUAUCUGACCGAAAUGUUACCGAUUCCAGUGCGCUCCAUAGCCGAGGUGUUGGCGGGGGAAAUGGCUCUGCAGUUGCACAAUCCCGAUGUCCAGACAAUAGAUUGGCAUGCCCUGCAGCCAGCGCAGGCAAACGCCAUCGCCGCCGGAUUACCGGCUCUGGGGGGUGUUUUGCGUCAUCACAUUGCUCAGAAUGUUGAGCAGGUGGCUCUGGCUUGGGUUGGCUUUACCGUGUUUCUGGUGUUGAUCAGCAUCUGGCAAAGCGCAUCUUUGUGGUGGUUGCAGGAUGAAGAGAUGGUCACCCGGGCUGAAGUUGAACGGGUCCGCGAGGCGAAUUCGUUACACCGUGCAAAUACCGUCUCGCCACUUGCUUUAGAAGCGCAGGUUGCUGAACUGCUGAUGCAGCAGGAGCAACAGGCAUUGUUAGUUGCUUUGUUGCGACAACAGCAGAGUUUGAGUUUUUCACCGUACCUGGCUGCGCUCGGCGAAGCGCGUGUAGAUAACCUCUGGCUGAGUGAAAUUUCUAUCUCUCACGGUGUUAAGCGUGAAAUAAAUUUGAAAGGCGCGACUUCAGAUGCCGCGCUGGUCCCGGUCAUGUUGCGCAAUCUGUCGGAACAGGAGCAGUUUCGCGGGCAACGUUUCAAACAUGUAGAGAUCACCACACUGCCGGGCAAGUCCCUGUCUGAAUUUGUCAUUGUCAGUCCCGAUGGCUGCAGCUUGCGCGAGCGUCUUCUGAUCAGCGUGACUUUAUUUACUUUUACCGGCGGCUUGUGGUUCACCCUGCUUGGCGGCGUGGUUGUCGACAAGAAAGUGGAUGUGGUCAAAAGCAUCGAUCGCCUGACCCGUGAUAUGCAGGCCCAGACGGCAGAGCAGAUUCGUUUGCUGGCGGAGGAUAAAAGGCCGGCGAAAAUUGCGCUGAAACACAAGCAGGAUCAGUUGCAGGGCGUGAUUGUUGAACAGCAGGCGGAGCUGGACGGAUUGCUGGACCGGUUUAUUGCGCCGGAGCAGGUGCCGGAUCUGUUGGAAGAUGUAUUAGAUGGUUUUGCAGACCUUCAGCUGGUCCGACUGGCCAGCCGACCAUCUGAGCCGGUGGUGCUGCAAGCGGCUUCCCAUAAGGCCGAUGCUGGUGAAAAUGCAGACGCUAUACCGCCGCCGCAGGUGACCAUCUAUCGGCAUCCCGUAGAAAUUGAAUUUGUUGGUGGGUACAUGGAUGUGCUUGCCUAUCUAAAUGCGCUGGAGGCUGCCGAAUGGCAAUUUUCCUGGCGACGAUUCGACUAUGUCGUGGAGGAGUAUCCGAAUGCCCAGGUGCGCAUUGAAUUAGAAACUCUUAGCCGCGAAAAGGAGUGGUUAGGUGUAUAG